AUGUUUGAAUCAGUUAAUUCUGUUAACUUAGCACUACAAGGAAAAUACAUCAACGUUGUCCACUGUCACGAAAAAGUGAGUUCAUUUAAAAUGAUGCUCCAUUUGUGGGGUUCUAAAUUGAAAUUUGCACCAUUUCCGAAUUUCAAUACUGUACUUGGUGAAGAUAACCUUCGAGAUGAUGCUGACAUCCUCGAAAUAAUGAAACAGUAUGUCAUAAUUCUUCAUGCUGAAAUUCAACGAUACUUCCCAGACCUCCAAAACGUCGAAAAAGUUCAUCAUUUCAGUACCAAUUCCUUUGCAAUUUUUGUUGUUGACUUUCUGUCAGAAGAUUAA